UGAACUUAUGAAUCAAGGCAUCUUGGCCCUGGUCAGCUCCAUUGGCUGCACAUCAGCGGGAUCCCUCCAGUCUUUGGCAGAUGCUAUGCAUAUCCCCCACCUCUUCAUCCAGCGAGCAACAGCUGGGACCCCAAGGAGUGGCUGUGGACUCACCCGGAGCAACAGGAAUGAUGACUACACACUCUCUGUUCGCCCACCUGUCUACUUAAAUGAGGUUAUCCUGAGAGUGAUCACAGAAUAUGCGUGGCAGAAAUUCAUCAUAUUCUAUGACAGUGAAUAUGAUAUCCGUGGAAUACAGGAGUUUCUGGACAGAGUAUCUCAGCAGGGGAUGGAUGUUGCACUUCAAAAGGUAGAAAACAACAUCAAUAAAAUGAUCACCACUCUCUUUGAUACCAUGAGAAUCGAGGAGCUGAAUCGCUAUCGAGACACUCUUAGGAGAGCCAUCCUCAUUAUGAAUCCUGCCACAGCCAAAUCCUUCAUUACUGAGGUUGUGGAGACUAAUUUGGUUGCUUUUGACUGUCACUGGAUCAUUAUAAAUGAGGAAAUAAAUGACAUGGAUGUGCAGGAACUCGUAAGAAGGUCCAUUGGAAGGCUAACCAUCAUUCGGCAGACAUUCCCAGUCCCCCAGAAUAUAAGUCAGCGAUGUUUCCGUGGCAACCAUCGAAUAUCUUCAACAUUGUGUGAUCCAAAAGACCCAUUUGCUCAGAAUAUGGAGAUUUCAAACCUUUACAUCUAUGACACGGUGCUUCUGCUUGCUAAUGCUUUCCAUAAGAAGCUGGAGGACCGGAAGUGGCACAGCAUGGCGAGCUUGUCAUGCAUCAGGAAGAACUCCAAGCCCUGGCAGGGGGGGCGGUCCAUGCUGGAAACCAUCAAGAAGGGUGGAGUUAGUGGGUUGACUGGAGAGCUAGAAUUUGGAGAAAAUGGAGGCAAUCCCAACGUCCACUUUGAAAUUCUUGGAACCAACUAUGGAGAGGAGCUUGGCCGAGGCAUUCGCAAACUCGGGUGCUGGAAUCCUGUCACGGGGCUGAACGGGUCGCUGACUGACAAGAAACUGGAGAAUAACAUGCGCGGCGUGGUCCUCCGCGUGGUGACCGUGCUGGAAGAACCUUUUGUAAUGGUCUCUGAAAAUGUGCUGGGUAAGCCCAAGAAAUACCAGGGCUUCUCCAUUGAUGUUUUGGAUGCCUUAUCUAACUACCUGGGAUUUAACUAUGAUAUUUAUGUUGCACCGGAUCACAAAUAUGGAAGCCCACAGGAAGAUGGGACAUGGAAUGGCUUGGUAGGAGAACUAGUCUUUAAGAGAGCGGACAUAGGGAUUUCUGCUUUAACCAUCACCCCAGAUCGAGAGAAUGUGGUGGACUUUACAACACGUUACAUGGACUACUCAGUGGGAGUACUACUUCGAAGAGCUGAAAAGACAGUGGAUAUGUUUGCCUGUCUUGCACCAUUCGAUCUCUCUCUAUGGGCUUGCAUUGCUGGCACAGUCCUUCUUGUGGGGCUUCUGGUCUACCUUUUGAAUUGGCUUAAUCCUCCACGAUUACAAAUGGGAUCAAUGAGUUCUACUACUCUCUACAACUCCAUGUGGUUUGUGUAUGGAUCCUUUGUACAGCAAGGUGGGGAGGUUCCAUACACAACUCUGGCUACCCGAAUGAUGAUGGGGGCUUGGUGGCUAUUUGCUUUGAUUGUCAUCUCAUCUUAUACAGCAAACCUUGCUGCUUUCCUCACUAUCACCCGCAUUGAAAGCUCCAUCCAGUCUCUCCAGGACCUUUCCAAGCAGACAGACAUUCCUUACGGCACGGUCUUGGACUCUGCAGUGUAUGAGCAUGUGCGUAUGAAGGGAAUGAAUCCUUUUGAGAGGGACAGCAUGUAUUCCCAAAUGUGGCGGAUGAUCAACCGAAGCAAUGGAUCGGAGAAUAAUGUUCUGGAGUCCCAAGCAGGCAUUCAAAAGGUAAAAUAUGGAAACUAUGCUUUUGUGUGGGAUGCAGCUGUAUUGGAGUAUGUGGCUAUCAAUGACGCAGAUUGCUCCUUUUAUACCAUUGGGAACACUGUCGCUGAUCGGGGAUAUGGAAUUGCAUUGCAGCAUGGCAGUCCUUACCGGGAUGUUUUCUCACAAAGGAUCCUGGAGCUUCAGCAGAAUGGCGACAUGGACAUCCUGAAGCACAAGUGGUGGCCAAAGAACGGCCAGUGUGACCUGUACUCCUCAGUGGACACAAAGCAGAAAGGAGGUGCCCUGGACAUAAAGAGCUUUGCAGGGGUUUUCUGCAUCCUGGCUGCUGGGAUUGUCCUCUCCUGCUUGAUAGCCAUGCUGGAGACGUGGUGGAACAAGAGGAAAGGCUCCAGGGUCCCAUCCAAAGAGGAUGACAAGGAAAUUGACCUGGAGCACCUCCAUAGACGUGUAAAUAGCUUGUGCACAGAUGACGACAGCCCCCAUAAACAGUUUUCCACCUCGUCAAUUGACUUGACCCCUCUGGACAUUGACACUUUGCCAACACGACAAGCACUGGAGCAAAUCAGUGAUUUCAGGAACACUCAUAUUACCACCACCACCUUUAUUCCAGAGCAGAUCCAGACUCUUAGCCGCACACUGUCAGCUAAAGCUGCCUCUGGUUUCGCUUUUGGCAACGUGCCUGAGCACCGAACUGGCCCUUUUAGGCACAGGGCACCUAAUGGGGGCUUUUUCAGGAGUCCUAUAAAAACAAUGUCAUCUAUUCCUUAUCAGCCAACUCCUACCCUGGGGCUCAAUCUGGGUAGCGAUCCAGACCGAGGCACCUCCAUAUGAGCAUCAAACAAAAAUCUCUUCACUGUUUCUUUUGUAGGACUCCCUUUGCAAGGAGCAACUGUAAUGUUGUGGGACUAACAUGGAUGUAACAUUUUUCUUUUUAAUCAGGAUUAUUAGUAACAAUUCUAGCUCUCCCUCCUCCCUCUUCUAUUUCUGUCUCUCUCUUUUUCCCUCUCUUCUGAUACAUUUCCUUCUGCUAUUAUUCAUUACUCUAUUUGUUCCCCCAGAAUAUAGUAUACUAGGAUCCAAUUAGUCCGCUUUUCAUAUACUGUACUUCAAGUAUAGGAAAUGUGCACUGAGAAUACUAAAAGUAUAUAUGCAGGAUUAAUUUUACAUAAAGGCCUCUUACGUAACAUUUCUCUAUUUUUUGAAGAUAUAAUUGCAAUAACUUCAGUCUUUUACAUUCUUCUGCUGCAUCCAUACAAUGCUCCACUGCUGUUGAGUGUCCUUUAACUGUGGACCAAAGGCAACCCCUGCAGUGUCUAUAAAAUACUUUAAAGACCAUUCAGGCCACGUAAUAUGAGAAUGCAAUUUUGUAGGACUACAAAAAAAAAGCCAUUAAUAUGCCAGUCAAGACUACAGUUAAAAUUACUCUUGCACUGCAACAGUGCAUAUGACCUUUAUGUGAUUGUACAGUAUUAAAAGUUUUUUCUUAUGUACAGUAAACUUUAUCAUAUGGCAGAAGCCUCUAUUGUGUUAAAUAAAUUAGUAUCUCAUACCUAUACAUAUAUAUGCACCUAUAUAAUGUGUAUAUAUAUUGAAAGGCGGCCAUUGCUAUUGCAAUUCAUUUAAUAAAGCUUUAGUUUAAAAAGAAAAGUAUUGUAUACAGGAACUAUGUAUAGUGCAGGGGGUCUUUUCAGUUAGAAAAGGCAGGUUGCUUUAAUGUUAUUCUGACUCGCAUUGUUUGCCAACAGAGAAUAUUUUAUACUUUUGUUAUUAAAACAUCCAGAGCGAUUUACUAUUGGUUCCUAGAUGUAACUCAUUUGAAUAGGUUUUGCAUUUGUUAUCCAGCAGUGCAUAAAGCUAACCUUGGUAAUAAUUUUACUUUUAAUUCAUUAUCUAAAUGGGGAAAGCUAUUAGCCGAACCACAUCCGCAGCAGCACAUAGAGCUCUAUGAGAGUUUAAACAUAGAUCAUUGAAGGUUGAUAAAGUCUCUUCCAAAGCAGUCAGCCAAUUAACACAACUGUAGUUGGGGAGAGGUGGGAGCCCUGAAGAAAUAUUGAUGUGGCCUUAAUUACCGUCAUAUGUUAUCCUAAAAAAGAAAAUAUAAUAACCAGACUGGGCUCUCUACUAAACCCCCUUUUUUAUUUGGUUCUAUUUGGAGGAGUUCCGUGUUUUCUACAUUAGUGCCAAGUGUACAGAAGGAUGACAGCAAAAACAGUGCCUUUUUGUGCACAACCCUUUUAAAGUAGCAUUCUUACCUGUUAGAGAUGUAAAAUGAACUUUGUUUGUACUCCUUAAAUUAAAGCGUGAUAAGUAGGAAGCGAGAACUUAUCCUGUGUUCUUAGCAGCCAUACACUUAUUUUACUCUAAUUCUUUCUGUGGCUAGGAUUGAUGUAGGAACCAACGUAUGUGAUUUGCUUUAGAAGAAAUUAAAAGGUAUAUUCUUAAGGUAUAUUAUAUUUUGAUGCUAAUUCUGUUCUGGGGAGCAUCUUGUACUGUCACUGUUUUUGUACUAAAUCUUCAAAUAUUGUCUACUGUGUAAGGCAGAGAAAUUUCUUAUCAUGCAAAGACCAUUUUGUUUCCAGGGUAACAAGUACUUAAGUGCAUGCACAACUUGUUUUCCCUUGUAACACUCAUGAUCUCAUCCACGACUCUGAUUUUAAAACUAAAAAAAAAAAAAAAAAAAAAAAAAGCCUUUACAAAAAGCUAUAUAGGGACAUACCAGAUGUUUCAGUGAUUUUAGCUAUCAAACUGUUAACCAUGUACAAUAUUUAAAAUAGGCCUAUUUUGAUGUAUUGCCUAUUAUACAAAUACACAAAACACUUUUUGGAGGCCUCAGUUAUGAGUGGCAGAGCUUUCUGUGUAUAAUUUGUCUAAAUAAUUUGUCUAAUAAAAAUGUUUUCUAAACUUGCUCUCAUACCAUUGAAGUCUUAACUACAAAAUUUGAAAAUGCUUACUUCCUCACCUAUUGAACUGAGUUUUUCUAAAAAUUUAUCUUGAGUUCAUUAAUGCAUAAAACACAUUAAGUUUUGAUAGCCAAACUUUGCCGAAAUGUGUGGCCCUCUAAAAGCAAUACUAAGUGAUGUCCUAAACCAACGAAAUACUGCUUUUCUGCUAUCUGAGACUAUCUGUACACACAAUAUAUUUGUUUUUCUUUAUGGAUGUCUCUGUGAGCACUUUUUGGGGACAGAUUUAUCCUGUUGUGUGUAAACAGUGCAGUCACUAUAAUAGCAAAAAGAAAAUCAAAGAUAAUUAUUAUACUUAGAGUUUACUUAUUAAUAAUUGUUUUGCUGUUAGAGAAAAAUUCAUCAUGCUGAAUUAAUUUGAAAUUUAAUUGUCUCUAAAUUAUUUCUAAUACAUUAUUGCAUUUGAACAAUAACUCAUCUUGCAUUUAAAUUGCUCAAUGGUUUUCUAUCUAGAAAUAUAUUUAAUUUAGAUUAAAAUUUCUGCUAUUCUAAAAUCCCAUUGAAAAUGAAGUUUUCCAAUGUUGGAACCAGGCGGAACUGUAGACAUCUAGACCAUCUUGCCUCGUUUUACAAAUAAGGGAAAUAAGAUGCCAGGAAGAUGGGACCGGCCCACAAGUUUGUCAAUCUGAGGCUUAAAACUGGGUCUUUUUUUGUUUGCUUGUUUAACUCUGCCAAGUCCCAUUCGGUCACAUUCACUGGUCCUCGUGGAUUGGAAAUGUAGGGAUGGCUCAGGUACAUGGCUCCACCCACUCCUCUGGCCCAGCAGAGGCUGUCAGUCUCUAGGAACCUCCCUUCCUGUCUGGGUCCACAUGGUGCAUCCCAUUCACCCGCUCCCCUUAAAGAUGGGAAAGUGAACACCUUGGGCUACUUCCCCAAGGUCAUGGCUCCUGGCAGCCAUCAGACCAGGUCCUGCUUCUGUUACUGCUACUUCCUUUAACCAUUGUCUGUCCUGGUUCACACCACUUACACCCACCGGGCUAUUUCAGAAUAAGACAAAUACCUUAUAUCCAUGUGCUUCUAUUCUUCUCAUAUAGUCAAUGUAUUCCUUUGGUGAAUCAUUAGAGUUGUCACUUUUAAUCACUCGGAACUUAUGCACAGGUUUUGAUUUAAUCACAUAUUAGAAAAUUGUAAGACCUCCUUUCUUCCUCAUACAUAUCAAACUACAGGCAAUUUGUCAUUUUCUUAAUUAUGUUAUCUUCCAUUUCCUUUAGUUUGGGAUUGGUUGUGAACUGAAUAAAUACUUUCAAAAAUAGA